AUGGCUUCGCGACCUACCGUCUCCAUCAUUGGCAAAGAUGGCGCUCCCACGGGGGCUACCCAUCCCAUUCCCGCCGUCUUCACCAGCCCGAUCCGGCCCGACAUCGUCCAGCAGGUGCACACCGGCAUGGCCAAGAACAAGCGCCAGCCGUAUGCCGUGAGCGAGAAGGCUGGUCACCAGACCUCUGCUGAGUCUUGGGGAACGGGUCGUGCCGUUGCCCGUAUUCCCCGUGUCUCUGGUGGUGGUACCCACCGCGCCGGUCAGGCUGCCUUUGGUAACAUGUGCCGUUCUGGCCGCAUGUUCGCUCCCACCAAGAUCUGGCGCAAGUGGCAUAUCAAGAUCAACCAGGGCCACAAGCGAUACGCUACAUGCUCCGCCGUAGCUGCCUCGGCCGUGCCUCCUCUGCUGAUGGCCCGCGGCCACCAGGUCAUGAGCGUCCCCGAGGUGCCCCUCGUCGUCGACUCGGCGCUGUUCGAGGCCGCCUCUAUGGCUCGCACUGCCGCCUCCCUGGGUCUGCUCAAAGCUGUUGGCGCCGGGGCCGACGUCGACAAGGUCAAGGGCUCCAAGAAGCUCCGCGCUGGCAAGGGCAAGCUCCGUGGCCGCCGCCACCGCCAGCGUCGCGGCCCUCUCGUCGUCUACUCACCCGAGACCGACGGCAAGGAGCUAGUCAAGGGCUUCCGCAAUAUUCCCGGCGUCGAGACCUGCCCCGUCACCGCCCUCAACCUGCUCCAGCUGGCCCCCGGCGGCCACCUUGGCCGCUUCAUCGUCUGGACCUCGGCCGCCUUCAAGGCCCUCGACGAGAUCUACGGCUCCACCACCAAGCCCUCCGCCCACAAGCGCGACUUCCUCCUGCCUUCCAACGUCGUGUCCCAGGCCGACCUGACUCGCCUGAUUAACAGCUCCGAAAUCCAGAGCUCCCUCAACGCCCCCAAGGGUGAGGCUAUCACCCGACGAUCCGCCGUGCAGAAGAAGAACCCCCUGCGCAACAAGCAGGUCAUGCUGCGCCUGAACCCAUACGCCUCUGUGUUCUCCAAGGAGGCCUCCAAUGCCCCCAAGGCCAAGGAGACCCCCAAGGCCAAGCCGGCUCCCAAGAAGAAGUAA